AUGAGACAGCUGGGAAGUUUGCAGGGAUUAAACUUGCUUUCUCAGAAAAUGGAAACCAAGUUUAAGACAACUGAAAUAUACGCAUAUUUUUUUUCUCCGUAUCUUCAGUAUUCAAGAUUUGGCUUUGGGAAAUCAUUUAAUUCUUUGUGGAUGCAUGGUCUCCUCCCACCACACUCCUCUUUCCCAUGGAUGAGACCAAGGGAACAUGAAACUCAACAGUAUGAAUAUUCUUUGCCUGUGCAUCCCCCACCUCUCCCAUCGCAGCCAUCCCUGCAGCCUCAACAGCCAGGACAGAAACCUUUCCUCCAGCCCACUGUUGUAACCGCCAUCCAGAACUCAGUCCAGAAGGGACUACCUCAGCCUCCGGUUUACCAGGGACAUCCACCCUUGCAGCAAGUAGAGGGGCCAAUGGUGCAAGAGCAGGUGGCACCAUCAGAAAAGCCACCAACGGCCGAGCUACCAGGAAUGGAUUUUGCUGAUCCACAAGAUCUACCAAUGUUGGUUCCAAUAGCCCGUUUGCUAUCUCGGGGACCAAUGCCACAAAAUAAACCAUCUCCACUUUAUCCAGGAAUGUUUUACUUGUCCUAUGGAGCAAAUCAAUUGAGUGCUCCUGCCAGACUUGGCAUCUUGAGCUCAGAAGAAAUGGCGGGAGGCAGAGGAGGCCCCAUGGCUUAUGGGUCCAUGUUCCCAGGAUUUGGAGGCAUGAGGUCCAACCUUGGAGGGAUGCCCACCAAUCCAGCAAUGGGAGGGGACUUUACACUGGAAUUUGACUCCCCAGUCGCUGGAACCAAAGGCCCUGAGAAGGGAGAAGGAGGUGCACAAGGCUCCCCUGUGCCAGAGACCAACCCAGACGAUCCAGAAAACCCAGCUCUCCUUUCAGAGGGAGCACCUGGUGCCCUCGGAGGGCUCCUUGCUAGUGCUAAGGACAAUGUUCCCAACCUGGCAAGAAUCAGGGGACCAUUCAGGGUCACCCCAGCGGCUGCUGACCCACUGAUGACCCCUGGAUUAGCUGACGUUUAUGAGACAUACGGUGUUGAUGAGACCACAACCAUGGGUCUCCAGGAAGAGACAACUGUGGAUUCCACGGCAACCCCAGAUAGUCAACAGACAUCGAUGUCAGGAAACAAGGCCCAGCAGCCCCAGAAUAAGUAUGAUGCGUGGCAUUUUCAAGAGCCCUGAGAGCAUUGAGUUAUUGGCUACUUCCUGUAUGCACAAGCUUCCCAGCUUUGUCCCCAUAGUCUAUCUUUUUGCGAAAACAGUUAUUACCCUUCUGCAGCAAAGGCAUUAAAAGCGCUAAGCAUAUAUUAAUAAACACAAGUGGCUAGAAAUAGUG